CGUUGACAUUGACAGUGAUACUCAAGUGACACUUGACUACGACUUGAAGAAAAUAUUUUCAUAUUUUGUAUUUUCCAAUUUCAUCCAAAAUUUAAUUAAUCGAUAGUGAUUUUUCAUUCUAAAAUUGAAAUAAUCUCUAACUCCGACGGAUUGUAACGUUUUACCAAUAUAAAUUUCAUUCUAAAAAUUAUAAAAUCUUCAAUAUGCAACGCGAAGAGAAACAAUUAGAAGCCACUUUACAUGCGAUUUUAAACAGGGUAAAUGAUCUUAAAAGCGCUAUCCAGGCGUUAAUCACAAAACUUGAAACGGAAUACGAAACUAUAAACUGGCCUUCAUUUCUUGAUAAUUAUGCCAUUUUAUCGGGUCAUUUGACUGGUUUAAGUAAAAUAUUACAAGCAGAGUUGGCUCCUUCACUGAAGUCAGUGGUAGUGUUACCACUGCAGCUGGGUUGUGAGCGGGAUGAAGAGCUAGCUCGGCUGACGGAGGGUCGUGUUCCUGCCUGCACGCACGACCUGGUGCCGGAUUUGUUGAGAACUAAACCUGAACCACAAGCUGAGCAGAGACUACAACAACUUAAUCACAAAGCCAGCACUCUCAGUUUUGAUACAGCACAGAAACAAGUGGCCCAAUUUACUAAAGUUGUGAGUCAUGUAUGGGAAAUAAUAUCAAAAGGUCGUGAGGAUUGGGAAGGCGAAUCUAUGAGAUCUGCAGGUAUGCAGCCAACACAUAGCAUUGCAGAUACUCAUGCAUUAGUCACAGCAGUUGGAACUGGAAAGGGACUUCGGCCUGGAAUGCCUCCCAGUUUACCACCAGGAGUUGGUGCUCCUGGCAUGGGCCCAGCUCGUGGACCAACACCACAUAUGGGCCCUGCUGCACCAUCCAUGCCCAAAGCACCAUCAGCCAUCAAGACCAAUAUCAAAGCAGCUAAUCAAAUUCAUCCCUAUAGACAGUAAAACAUAUGUAUUUGAUGAAUAAACUGUUAGUUGUCUAA